GUGACUUAUUGCGUGCCUCUGGGUAUCAUGGCUGUAUGUUACACCAUUAUAAGCACCAAGCUGUGGGGCAACGGACUGCUCGGUGAAAACAUACCCAACCGAGCCCGACAGAUUACUGCCAAACGAAAGAUCGUGAAGAUGAUAGUCAUAGUGGUGGCGGUCUUCGCCAUAUGUUGGCUACCACUUCACGCCUACCACUUCAUGACGUACCUAAACUUUGACGCGUUGACUGUUAAGGGAGUCCGCCACAUCUACAUCACAAUCUGGCUCAUAGCCAUGAGUAGCGCCAUGUACAACCCAUUCAUUUACUGCUGGCUAAACGACAGGUUUCGAUACGGCUUCAAGCGUGUGUUCCUCUGCCUCCUACCCAUCCGGAUUAACGGGUAUAGCCAACAGCAGGGCUCCAAUGUCCCCGCAAGCUCCAAUGCUACCAACACCACCAACUACAUGUGCAGCCAGCGAAUCGUCAACGGCAAAGACCACAGAACCGUGUCUUAUCGGAUGCCUUCGGUCGGUAUAACAUCGGCCAGCGAUUCUGCCGAGGACACGAUGUGAUGCCGAAGGUGCUUGCCGAACAUGAAAAACCAUGGGAUGUCUAGAUGCGCGCACGUCGGCUCCCUCUCUCUCUCUCUGGUGACCCGAAGUGAUACCGACAGUGACCGAAGUAAGUCGACCGAACGAACGUAUGCCGAUAUGCGGAGAUGUGUUUCGCGCGGAACUGGAUUGUUGAAGAUAAGAACUACAAGGCAAGUGGCCUACCUGUAACAUCCUUACCCUGUUUUUCACUGAGAAAAACUUUUAUUUUGUCGACGAAAAUGGAUGCGGGUUUGAUGACAUUUUUUUACAGCAUGUUAAUUAACUAGUAGCCCUGAGAUAUACCAGAAUCUUAUUGAUACUAACUAAACAUACGAUGGUAUGUAGCAGUCCACGUAUUGUGUGUGAUGUUCAGCUUUUCUCAAAAAGAAUGUUUUCUGCAGAAAGUGUAAUACCAAGUUACCAUAGUUACAAACACCCACCUACCCACCCACAUCCACAACGAAAUAAUUGCUUUGCCCAUAUCCAAAGUUCAGUAUAUUGCUAAAAUUAAGCCUUUUUUUUCCAUUUGUUUAAUCACCGAGGAAACAUAUCUCAAUCCGAGUCCAAGGAAUGAUUGUUGUUAUCAAAUAUGUAAAUGUUUUAGGCGAGGCGUCAAAAAUAAAUAU